AUGCCGCGCUUCGUCGCCCUCGCGCUCGCGCUGUCCAUCGUCGCGCGCUCGAGCGCCGCGCGCGUCGACGCGUCGAUCGACUCGCGCGCGCUUCGCGACGCCGGCGCGCUGCUCGACGUCCCGAGCGACGACGCCGCGUGGUACGCCGCGGCGUCCUGGGACGACAAUCACUACGCGCGCGCGCUCGGGACGUCGACCGGACGCGCGACGACGGUGACGACGACCGCGGAACUGCUCGCGGCGCUUCGCGAUCCGCUCGUGGAGUUCGUCGAGGUGAACGCGACGACGCUGACGCUCGACGAGGACGCGUGGCCGCGGCGCGGCGUCGCGGUGCGAAGACGCGCGACGCUGCGAGGCGCGUGCGACGGACGGUGCGUCGUCGACGCGAACGGGACGAGCGUGGCGAGCGUCGUCGACGGUGGGAGUCUCACAGUGGAGAGAUUGGCGUUCGAGGGCGCGCGAGGGGAUUUCGGGGGGGCGUUUUACUUUGGACGCGCGCACGGGGGAGGAUCGUUCGACGACGCGGCGUUCGAGGGGUGCGAGGCGAGGGAGGGAGGGGCGGUGUUCGUCGCGAGCGACGCGAGGGCGGGGAACGUGGUGUUUCGGAACGUGACGUUUGAAUCGUGCGGGGCGACGGCGACGAAUGGGCGAGGGGGGGGGGCGUUCGUCGCGGCGUCGGGGCCGGCGUACGUGGCGUUUGAAUCGUGCGCGUUCGAGGGGAACGUCGCGAAUGGGCUGGGGGGGGGGGUGUACGCCGACGGUGGGCACGUCGUGAUCAAUGAGUGCGAGUUUAAGACGAACGCGGCGGCGAGCGGCGGCGGCGCCGCGCUUCGAGGCGGCGGCGUGGUGUCGUCGAGCGCGUUCGACGGGAACGACGCGACGCGCGCGGGCGGGGGGGUGCACGUCGCGUCUCCGUCCGACGUCGUCGUCGGGCAUCGCGCGAGCUCGGUGCAGAGGAGCGCGUUCACGAAUAACACCGCCGCCGUCGCCGGCGCGGGGGCGUUCGCGUACGGGCGCGUGAAGAUGCUCGCCAAUACGUUUUCGCGAAACGCGCUCCCGGCGAGCGCGCCGAGCGCGCUCGAUCCGAAUUACUACGUGUGCACGGACACCUCCGACGCGGGGUGCUCGAUGAAGCCGACGUUGGCGGACGACGUGUACGAUCCAGCGGCGUACGAUCCCUUCACGCCGCAAACCUCGUUCGCGACGGUGCCGGAGACGACGACGACGACGACGACGUACGCGUGA